CGUUUCCUGGGGCGCCAGUGGGCGGAGCUUGUCGUCCUGACAACCCGGGAGCGUUUUCCACACAACCCUGAGCUGCGACUUGGCCGUCUGCGGAGGUAGUGCUUGCCUCGGCAUGGGUCCCAAAUUGAAAAAGUCUGGCAGUAAGAAAAAGAAAAUCACCAAAGCUGAACGAUUGAAGCAGCUACAAGAGGAGGAGGAGAAACGACAAAAAGAGGAAGAGGAAGCCCGUGUGAAACAUGAAAAAGAAGAAAUGGAGAGACUUGAAAUACAACGAACUGAGAAAGAAAAAUGGCGAAAACUUGAAGCAAAAGCUCUAGAAAGGAGCAAUGAAGAACUUGAAGAACUUUAUUUAUUAGAGAGGUGUUUCCCUGAAGCAGAGAAAUUGAAACGAGAGAAGAGAUUGCUGUCUCAGUGGAAACACUACAUUCAAUGUGAUGGGAGUCCUGAUCCUUCAAUAUCCCAAGAAAUUAAUACUUUUAUUAGCUUGUGGAAAGAGGAAACCAAUGAGACUUUUGAGGCAGUGAUUGCAAAGAGUAAACUAGUGCUAAAUUUAAUUGAGAGAUUGAAAUUAAUUUUAUUGGAAACCCCACCAUAUGAUUUGCAAGACAAAAACAUAGCACAGUACCAGGGAUCAAUUCUAGAACUGCAGGAGCUCCUUCAUCUUAAGUUUAACAUAGCCACAGAAAUACUUCUCAGACAAGCUAGUACUUUAGCAGAUCUGGACAGUGGAAAUAUGGAAAAAGUCAUUCAAGAUGAAAAUGUUACUCUCUAUGUGUGGGCAAACCUCAAGAAGAAUCCAAGGUACAGAAGUGUCAGAUUCUCCGAGACACAGAUUGGAUUUGAAAUUCCAAGGAUACUAGCAACAUCUGACAUUGCUCUGCGACUCCUGCAUACUCAAUAUGAUCAUGUCACGCCGCUGAGGCCCGUUCCAGCAGCAUCACAGGAAAACACCUCCACAGUAACUCCCUUUGUCAAAGGUGAAGUAAAGAGUGUAGAAGCAGCAAUCAGCAAAAAUCUCCAAGAAGAGUGUAAACAACAAGAAAAUGAGUCUCACUCAGUUCAUGAGGAAGAAACAAAAGUCAUGGAGGAACAAGAUGAUACUGAAAGACAAACGGAAGAACCUGAAGCCACAAAAUGUGACCUGGAGAUGAAAUUAUUAAGUGAAACAGUUUCAGCAGCCCAGAUGUUGCUGUUAGAGAAUGCUUGUGAAAAGCCAUAUUCCUUUGAAGACCCUGAGGUUGAUUUAUACCAGUUCACAACUCUGGGUGGAGUGUACCACUUGGAUAUUUUGGAGCUUCCCCCCCAGUGUAAACCAGUGAAGGGCUGGAUGAUUGUGGAAAUACUCAAAGAAGGAUUACAGAAAUACGUGUAUCCUCCAGAAACUACAGAAGACUUUGAAAUGGAAAACGCUUUCCCACCCAUAGAGGUCAUGCUUAAGGUUCAUGAGAAUGUCAUCUUUUUUGAGGAUCCUAUGGUUGCAAGGUGGGAUGCUGAAGGUAAACACUGGAAGACUGAUGGCAUCAGCAAUGUGUCUUACCAACCAGAAGACAGACUUAUAACAUUCAGCCUGGAAACCUUUGGCCCUGUUACCUUGAUUCAAGAUGCUCACGUUAACAUGCCAUACCAGUCAUGGGAGCUAAGGCCACUUGAUGUGAAUAAAGUACUUUUGACUGUGACUACAGUAUUUACUGAGAUUCAAAUACAAAUUAAGGAAAACCUCUGUAAGUUAGCUUCAAUCAAACUAAAUAACAAAAGGCAUUCUUCUGCUUUGGAAGAAAAGUGGAUGUCUCCUGUUUCUUUCAUUAUUGCUUUGAAAGAAGCUGGAUUGAAUAUCUUCCCAACCGGACACUCUCAUUUUUAUGUUGUUACAAACUAUAAGCUUCCUUUGGUAGAAAUGAAAGCUUAUCGACAAAUGGCCCUGCUAAGUUCCGCUUUUGCAUUUAGUUGGAGCAGGUGGAAUACAGAAUGUGAUCCUAAAAAUGUUGUAUUUAAGGUGCGGGAACACCUUACAAAAGAAGAACCUAGUCAGAAUCCUAACUGGAACUUUCUAAUGUUUAGUGGUGACAGGGCCCAAAGUCUCAAGAUCAAUGAAUCCAGUGAGGCAUUCUCUAAAGCCCUCAAAGAAGAAACUGAGUUUCAUUCUACUUUAUAUCACAUGGUGAAGGAUUUUGCUUCUGAAGAAGCAAUGGAGAAAGUCAGGCUUUCCAGCUGUCAGUUUAUUGACUCUGUAUGCCAUCUGCUCCUCUCAACUAGGUUACUCAGCUAUUCUUAAAUCCCCCCUGAUAAAUGUUACUCAGUAUGAAGAAAGGAUCAGGCAACUUGGAGAAAAAUCAGGUAUUUCAUCAAUAACGUAGAAUGAGUGAGUAUUUUUCAAAUAGGCUAUUAAAAGAUCUAAUCAGUAUUUUAUAUACUCAAAUUUUUUUUUUAAGAAUUAGGGAUUUUUCCCUAUGUAUACUUAGCCUACUGAGAGUUCCAACUUUUGACUGUAUGAAAAUUUGAAUGGUUCUUUAUUUCAAUAAAUUUUAACAAACAAUAAUAUCUCCUCCUCAAAAAGUUCAUUAAAAAGUCAUAGGCAGCCUUCCUCCCCAUUGUACUUCAGUGAGGAAGGCAGUCACAAAAAGGGGGGGAAUAUAAAAUAUCUUACAGUCAUUCUGAGAACCUCUGGUUCCACGCUAUAAUCUCCCAGCUAAAAGUUACUAGUUUACAAACUUCAGAUACUGAAACUUUAAAAAAAAAAAAAAAUCUAGACACACAUUGGGAUGUGCUGCAGUCACACUGG